CCUCGUAUUAUUUCUGCCUUAUUUCAAAAAAAUUUAGGGAUCGAUCAGCCUAAAUUCUCUCCAUCUCCAUUAUCGGUUCCAAAUUUGUUUUGAGUAGAAAGAACAGGAAAAGCGAAUUGCGAAAUGAAUAUCUUCAGAUUUGCAGGUGACAUGACCCAUUUGAUUAGCAUCUUAGUGCUUCUCCUCAAAAUCUACGCUACCAAAUCGUGCUCAGGUGUUUCGCUGAAGACGCAAGAGCUAUAUGCGCUGGUGUUUUUGACCCGCUACUUGGAUCUAUUCACGGAUUUUAUUUCUGUGUACAACACCAUCAUGAAGCUGGUCUUUAUUGCCAGCUCUCUCGCCAUUGUUUGGUGUAUGAGAAUGCACCGAAUCGUGAGGCGUUCCUAUGACAAGGACCUCGAUACCUUUCGUCAUUACUUACUCAUAUUGGCUAGCUUCAUCUUGGCGCUUUUGAUACAUGAGAAGUUCACAUUUCAGGAGAUCUUCUGGGCAUUUUCAAUAUACUUGGAGGCUCUUGCCAUUCUUCCCCAGUUAGUUUUGCUACAACGAAGUGGAAAUGUGGAUAAUUUAACUGGGCAAUAUGUCUUCUUUUUAGGAGCUUAUCGUGCUUUCUACAUUCUGAACUGGAUCUAUCGCUAUUUCACAGAACAACAUUUUAGUCGAUGGAUAGCUUGCGUCUCUGGUAUCGUCCAAACAGCAUUGUAUGCAGAUUUCUUCUACUAUUACUUCAUCAGUUGGAAAAACAAUGCAAAACUGCAGCUGCCAGCUUGAGCCUAGCAAUGCCAGUGUUGGAAGGCAUUGGAUGCAGUUCCCUUAUUAAAAAGGUCUGUAUGUUUUUGUUGAUAGUUGGAUCGAGGAGAAGAGGGAGUAGGAUACGUGAUUAUACAGUUCUUUCUUACUUCCAUUAGACAAGUCAGAGGCCAUGAUUGUGGCAGUUUCAUCCACUUUUCCCAGUAUUUUUUUACUUUGUAAAGAUACUACUGUGUUUUGGGAGAGGGCGAAAUCAUAAACUGGAGCCAACGUUGACUGCAGUUCGGAGGUGGUGUCAAAAUUACCUAAGUUUUGUUUUUUGGUUCAUCCAUCCUCUAACAAUACACGCUGCCAAAUGUAUAUAAUAUCAUCUCUGAUUUGUUUGGGUAACAUUCUAAAUCCGUAAUCAUAUAUAUACUGAAUAAUUUUCAGUUCA